GAGACUGACAUCUUCCGAUAACAGACCUCGAGAAGACAGCUGGUUAAAAUCCUUGUUUGUCAGGAAAGUUGAUCCCAGAAAAGAUGCUCACUCCAAUCUCCUGGCCAAGAAGGAAACUAGCAGUCUGUACAAGUUGCAGUUUCACAAUGUUAAACCGGAAUGCCUGGAAGAGUACAACAAAAUCUGUCAGGAGGUGUUGCCCAAGAUCCACGAGGAUAAGCACUACCCCUGUGCCUUGGUGGGGACUUGGAACACGUGGUACGGCGAGCAGGAUCAAGCUGUGCACCUCUGGAGGUACGAGGGAGGCUAUCCAGCCCUCAUGGAGGUCAUGAAUAAACUCAGAAGAAAUCAGGAAUUUGCAGAUUUCCGUAAGGCAAGAAGCAACAUGCUCCUCUCCAGGAAGAAUCAGCUGCUGCUCGAGUUCAGUUUCUGGAAUGAGCCUGUCCCCCGCUCAGGACCUAAUAUCUAUGAACUCAGGACUUACCAGCUCCGACCAGGAACCAUGAUUGAAUGGGGCAAUUAUUGGGCCCGUGCAAUUCGUUUUCGACAAGACAAUAAUGAAGCAGUGGGAGGAUUCUUCUCUCAGAUCGGGCAGCUGUAUAUGGUGCAUCAUCUGUGGGCUUACAAGGAUCUGCAGAGCCGGGAAGACACGCGGAACGCAGCCUGGCACAAGCAUGGCUGGGAGGAGCUGGUGUAUUACACAGUCCCGCUCAUUCAGGAGAUGGAGUCCAGGAUCAUGAUCCCGCUGAAGACCUCGCCCCUGCAGUAAAGCUGGAGCGUGUGUGUGCCCUCGUACGCGCAUGUGGCAGGUACUUGUCCUAAAUUAACUAUCAAGUGAGAAAAGAAACGCUGAUUAUAAAUGGCUGUACAGAGCUUACAGGAGACCUCUUUUCUCGAAAGUUGGCCUAGUCCCGAGAAAGGAAGCUGUGUGACAGUGCCGGAGCAGAGCUCCAGAGGCCUCUGAGACGCAGAAGACAGCUUUCCCGCCCUGCCCUCCAGGAAGAGAGGGCCCAGAUUCACACUGGAAUCAUUUCAGAAUAAGAUUCCAACCAGGAAACAAAAAAUCAGCCACUUCUUUCUAAAAAGCAAAUGCAUUUUAUAAUCACAGAUUUUGACAAAUUUUAUUUUUAUUUUUAUUUUUUGGGUUUUUUCCGGUACCGGGAAUCAAACUCACAACCUCGCACUUGCCAGGCAGGUGCUGUGCCGCUGAGCUAAAUCCCCAGCCCCUUGACAAAUUUCUUGCAUCCAGAAGAAAUGCCCAUUUUAUCCUGUCCCUCAAGCAGUUUUUCUGAGUCUCAAGCUACGAACUGGUGUGAGUGUACCCAGUGCCCGAAGAGAUUCGAACUCCCGCUCCUUCCUGACCAGUCAGAGGGAGCAACCGGGGUGGACGAGUGCACCUCCCAGGGACCCCGUCUGCGCGGAGGACGUCGUGUCGUCCCUGGGGGUGGGGAGGAGGCCUCAACCCAUGUAUCAUACGUGAUUUUUGAAAUGAACACCUUGAAUAGCACUAAUUUUUAUUUGUAAUAUUUUUCUAUAAAGCAAGCAGUACUCGGAAAAGAGGUUUUAUUUUAUAAAGAAUCAUUUGUGACCUCAGACAUUCUCCGGUUACUGUUUUAGUAAGCUCGUAGCAUAGACGUCCGAGAUCACGUGUGAAGGGCAGUGCAUGCUGCGGCCCCGCUCCGCGUACAGCUGCGUACAGUGCUGUGUCUCGCCCGCUCUGUGAUUUCCUUUUCAAUGUCGUGUGCCAAUCUCCUGACUGUAAUCAUGUGACUGUCCCGGUGAACUGAAAAACGACGUCUGCCCCCACAAAUUGAGGAAUUGAUGUGUAAAAUAAAGUGUGCGGAAAUCUCUUAUCAGAUGUUAAACUUUUACAUGUGAAUGCUUUUCUCCGAGAAAAUACCAAAGUCAAUAAAAUCCUCUUAAUUUUCACAUA